AUGGAAAGUUGGAUCGAUAAAUUCUUUCCGUCUUGCUGCGCAAGAGGGCGACCGAACAUUAGUCCUGAUUAUAGCCGCUCAGAUACUACCGAAAUUAACUCAUAUUCGCCGUGCAAAGUACGAGAAGAAGAAACAAUUGACAUUUUGUCACCAAAACUAUCAGGGCAUGCCUUGCAAGCAGUUGCAGAAACAGAUGAAAAUAAACUAGCAAAAUAUAUUACAAUACAUGAAAUUUCUCCACAGGAACUAUCUAAAAAUGAUAAGCCUUUACUAUCAAUUGAAGAUAGCCCGGUUGAAAUAAAAGAAGAACAAAAGGAAGUUAUGGACUUAAACAGCGGAAACAGCACUCAAUCUUCUUCGAACUCAAUGGAUAAAGUCUAUGCGCUUCUAGAUAACUUCAAAUGCGCUAAUUGCUCGAAAAAGGCAGCAGGAUGGUGCACCGGGUGCCCUACUAAACGAUACUGUGUAGAGUGCUUUAGUAUGGUGCAUAGAAAUAGUGACUUAGCUCAUAAAUUCUGUAAAUACAAGACAAAAUCAAUAUCAAGGACAGUCCUUCAUGCUUUAACUGCUUUAUCAGUAAAGAAGCCAAAGGAAUAG